ACUUGCUACACUAGUCGCCGGUUCGCAUGUCGCAUAAUAUAAAUAAUUUGAUUAGUCAUAUUCACUGACUGUUCAUAUUUUUUCCUCGAUUCCUCGUCGCCGGUUCUUUGUUUGUCAACGUUCAGUCCAACACCGUGUAGGUGUUGUUAUAUUGAUGAGAUACCUUUGAUUUUUAUGGUCUUUUAGUCCAGUUUGUGUACAAUACGUAAUAGUGGACAAAUAAUCUCAGUUGCCGGUGACUUGCGUGAAAAUGGGGAAAAUAUUUAUAUUUUUCGUGGCACUUUCUGUCGUUUGCGUGUCCGGAUUUGUUCGGGUGCCGCUGUACCGCAUGCAAUCAGUGCGUGAUCACCUGCGUGAGGUGGACACCGACCUCCAUGUAUACCGCAUGAAGUAUGCCGUCUCUGGGCCGGCCCCCGAGCCACUCUCCAACUAUUUAGACGCGCAAUACUUCGGGCCGAUCUCGAUCGGCAACCCGCCGCAGUCGUUCAAGGUGGUGUUCGACACGGGCUCGUCCAACCUGUGGGUGCCCUCCAAGAAGUGCCACUACACCAACAUCGCCUGCCUGUUGCACAACAAGUACGACAGCAGCAAGUCGUCCACGUACCGCAAGAACGGCACCGAGUUCGCCAUCCACUACGGCUCCGGCAGCCUCUCGGGCUUCCUCUCCACCGACGAAGUCACCGUGGGCGGCGUCGCGGUGCGCGGGCAGACGUUCGCGGAGGCCAUGUCGGAGCCGGGGCUCGCGUUCGUGGCCGCCAAGUUCGACGGCAUCCUCGGCAUGGCGUUCAGCAGCAUCUCGGUGGACGGCGUGCCGCCCGUGUUCGACAACAUGGUCGCGCAGGGACUCGUCAAGCCCGUGUUCUCCUUCUACCUUAACAGGGACCCGCAGGCGGCCCAGGGCGGCGAGAUCAUCCUGGGCGGCUCGGACCCGGCGCACUACCGCGGCAACUUCACCUACGUGCCCGUGCACAAGCCCACCUACUGGCAGUUCGCCAUGGACCGCGUCCAGGUCAAGGGCGCCACGCUCUGCGCCAAGGGCUGCGAGGCGAUCGCCGACACGGGCACGUCGCUGGUGGCGGGCCCGGUGUCCGAGAUCGCGGCGCUGAACAAGGCCAUCGGCGCGACGCCGCUGGCGUUCGGCCAGUUCGCCGUCGACUGCACGCUCAUCCCGCGGCUGCCGCCCGUCGCCUUCACCAUCGCCGGCAACACCUUCACGCUCACCGGCGCCGACUACGUGCUGCGCGUGUCGCAGUUCGGCAAGACGGUGUGCCUGUCCGGGUUCAUGGGGCUGGACGUGCCGCCGCCCAACGGCCCGCUGUGGAUCCUCGGCGACGUGUUCAUCGGCAAGUACUACACGGAGUUCGACGUCGCCAACAGGCGCGUCGGCUUCGCGCCCGCCGUCUGAACGCCGCCGCACGCUCGUAUCCGUUAACCAUACACCGUUUACAUAUAUGUAUAGUGAGCAGAUUGAAUUUAAUAAUGUAAUUCUAUAAAUAUAUAUGUAUAUAUAUAUAAAACAUUGCUGUGAAUUUUAGACUCUUCCAGUCAUUUUGUCUCUCGAGUCUUAGGCUUAGCGCUAGCUAAGUGCUAACUUUCGAUGUCUACGAAUGUUCUAUGUCUUUAGGAAGUCUGUAUUAACUCGUCUCAAAACUAGCUAAGAAGCUUGGCAAGUAGUUUCGUAGACCGAACAACUGCGUCAGCUGAUUAUGUUAAAAAUAGUGAAGCCAAAGAAAUAUAAUUUGUGAGGCUCGUGAAUGUGAUCACUGUAUUUACUGUCGCUAGUUAGUUAGUUAGUUAGUAUACAUUUAUGUCGAUCACUAUAGCGCUGUUUAGAUGUUUUGACCUGACCUCACUAGCUGUUAGCACGCGACCAGAGUGUCAGUGUGUCCGCUCGCCGACUGAUACAAGCAUGAAAUCAUUGUAACAAAUACUAUUUUAUUCUAGAAAACACUGUUUUAUUACAUCAUCAUGACAAUAUUUCAUUAAUUGUAGGUGUUUACUCUAUUUAUAUUAGCAUUUACAUUAGUUGGUUUCUCAAUAAAAAUAUAAAGUGUAACAUCGCAUCCAAUAUAUACAAGAUGCGUACAUGAACAUGUACAUGUCCAUCGAGCCACGACCAGAACAACUUGUAAACAGUCGUUGCAGUAGUCGUGUUGUAUUGCAGGCUCUAAUGUAAAUGUAAUAAAUAUAAUAUUACAGUUUGUUUAAUGGAAAUAAAAUAUAUAUUUUUUUUUUUUAA